AUGGAGGGUGCGUUCGGAUUGAAACCGCCAGCAAACUUUGACUGGAAUGCUACGUGCAUACCCAAAGCUUGGAAAGCGUGGGAAGAGGAGUUUUCCCUGUACAUCGAUUUGUCGCUUACAGACGCGGACAACAAAACGAAGGUAAAAGUUUUCCAAUAUUUAAUCGGAGAAACAGGAAGAGAACUGUGUAAGACGCUGAGCGCGGCUCUGCCGGCUGACGGCGAGCUGACGCUGGAAUGGCUGUUAACCGCGUUCAGAAAUCAUUGCAAUCCAGCACCGAAUGAAACUGUGGAAAGAUACAAAUUUUUCUCCAGAAAUCAGAACUCAGGCGAAACGUUUGACAAAUAUGUUACUGACUUGAAAGUGCUGGCUGACACAUGCAAUUUUGGAUCGGCGAGAGAUUCUCUGAUUAGAGACCGAAUAGUAUGCGGCAUAAUGAACUCGCAAGUGAGAGAACGCCUAUUAAGAGAGAUGGACCUGACACUUGAAAAGUGUGUAAGGAUAUGUAAAGCAUCAGAACUGUCAAAAGAGAAUGUGAUGACUAUUGAGGGUCAGAAAACGGAAGUGCAUGCAGUUCAGAGAGUUAGACAGGCCCAGAGUGCCAAACAGACACAACCAGCUAAGUGCAAAUUCUGUGGAAAACCGCAUGAGUGGAAAAAACUGAGUUGCCCAGCUUAUGGAAAGCAGUGCAGGAAAUGUGGAAAGCUGAACCAUUUUGCAGCCACAUGCAAAACAAAAGAGACCGUGCGAAAAGGAAUACACAGUGUGGCAGAAAAGGAAGAAGAACCAUAUCAAGAAAUCCUAAGCCUUAGUUCACAAAAGGAGGACAAACAUGGAAAACAGCUGUUUGCAACCAUGCUGAUAGGCGAGAGGCCAGUAAAAUUUCAACUAGACUGCGGAGCCAGUUGCAACGUCAUACCCAUUCAACUGUUAAACCCAGACACAGUAAUGGAAAAGACUGAACAGAUUCUGGUCAUGUAUAACAAGAGCACUUUGAAACCCAUAGGGAAGUGCAGAAUAAAAAUAAGAAACCCCAGAAACAGAAAACUUUAUCGUCUGGAGUUCAUUGUAGUGGAGGAAAGCUCAUCAGUUCCCCUGCUAGGAAACAAGGCUGUGCAAGCAAUGGAUCUGGUAAGAAUACAGCAUGAAAACAUUAUGGCAAUUGAUGAUAUUGUUACCACAGAGAGAUGCAAAGAAAACGAAACGUGGGGCAAGGAAGACUUACAACGAGAGUAUGCUGAUGUAUUUGAGGGAGAUGGAUGCCUGGAAGGGAAAUAUAACCUCGAGGUUGAUCCUGAAGUUAAACCGGUGAGGCUUCCAAAGCACAGAGUACCGGUGGCACUAAUGAAGCAUCUAAAAGUUGAAUUAGAAAGCCUGGUACAUAGAGGCAUCAUAGCUCAGGUUGAAAAGAGCACAGAUUGGAUUAGCAGCAUGGUGGUGGUGAAGAAACCAAGUGGAAAAUUAAGAAUCUGUAUAGAUCCAAGACCACUAAACAAAGCACUUAAGCGUCAACACUUUCCUCUGCCUACCAUAGACGAUGUUCUCCCGGAUCUGACCAAGGCGAGAGUUUUUACAGUGUGUGAUGUAAAGGACGGAUUCUGGCAUGUAAGGCUGUCAGAAGAGUCAAGUUAUCUUACCACUUUCGCUACUCCAUUUGGCAGGUAUAGAUGGAUCAGAAUGCCCAUGAGGAUCAGCCCGGCUCCAGAAGUUUUCCAGCACAGGUUGACUCAGGCGCUGGAGGGGCUCCCAGGAAUCCGGAUAAUAGCGGAUGACAUCCUCAUCUGUGGGGAAGGCGAUAAUGAUGAGGCAGCGGAGAAAGAUCAUAACAAAAAACUGAGACAACUACUGGAGCGGUGUAGAAACAGAAACAUCAAACUAAAUUUCAACAAACUCAAGCUGAAACAGAAAGAGGUGCCAUACAUCGGACACAGACUGACUUCAGAGGGUCUAAAGAUUGAUCCAGAGAAGGUCGACUAAUGUACCUAGCAGACACUCUCAGCAGAGCGUACUUACCGGAGUGUGCUACAGAAGGAUCCGUAGAGACAGAAAUUGAGACGAUUAACAUGCUGCAGUACCUGCCCAUAUCAGAAGGAAGUCUACAGAAGAUACAGAC